AUGCGGGCCACUCUUGCUGGUGUUCUUGGCCUUCUGGCCGCUUCGGUCACGCUUCUGUCCUGCCCAGCGCAAGCUGUUCCCUUCUCGCUGAUUCCCAAGCCGCAUCCACUCGUCAUCUGGCAUGGUCUCGGCGACAGCGCCCAUUCCGAGGGCAUUGAAGAGUUCAUGUCGCAGCUCAAGGAGGCUUUUCCAGGUCUCUAUGUCCACUCAGUCUCUCAGGAUGAAAGCAGCGACUCGGAGGAUCGCAAGCAGGGCUUCUUCGGUCACGUCAACGAUCAGGUUCAAAACGUGUGCGAACAGCUUGCUAGCGUCGACGAGCUCAAGGACGGCUUUGAUGCCAUUGGCUUCUCCCAAGGGGGUCAAUUCCUUCGCGCAUACGUGCAGCGAUGCAACACACCUAAAGUGCGCAACCUCGUCACCUUUGGCAGUCAGCACAUGGGCAUCGCUGAUCUUCCGGCUUGCGGUCCCACCGACUUGCUCUGCCGAGUUGCCGAGGCGGCCCUGCGUGGUGGCAUCUACACCGACUAUGCUCAGUCGCACCUGGUCUCGGCGCAGUACUACCGCAACCCCAAGGAUCCCAAAGCCUUUGCAUCCUACUUGGAGAAGAACGACUUCAUCAAGGACAUCAACAACGAGGGCGAGGAGACCAACCCCACCUAUGCCAAGAACCUCGCCUCGCUCGAGAACUUUGUGAUGCUGAUGUUUGACAAGGACGUUACCGUCGAGCCCAAGCAAUCGUCGUGGUUCGCUUCUUACCCGAUCCGCAACGAGACCGAGACCGACAAGCACGGAGACAAGAACGAACCUACGCCACUGCGUCAGAGCUCAAUCUACCUCGAGGACCGCAUCGGUCUCAAGAAGCUGGACAAGCGCGGGUCGCUCAUAAUGGAGCUCUGUCACGGCAUUCACAUGCAGAUUGAUCCCGCUUGUCAGCUCAAGGUGUUUGGCAAAUACGUUGGUACCCCAUCAACAAAGCUAGACAACUCGGUGGCCAACUGGAUCGACCACACCUGGCGCUGGACGCUCUACAACACGACCGGUCUGCGACCCGAGGAGACUGCUGGACUCAUCUUGACGCAGAGUUUCAUGUUCCUUGGACUGUUCCUCGCGGUGCGCUUGUCCUUUGCAAUUCUCGUUCGCGGCAUCGACCUUCUGUCUCGCAGGCGCAGUGACAAGGACGAGGUUCAGACUGGACCUGGUCCCAUCCGACUGCCUUAG